AUGUCCGAGGCAAAGAGGAUCGAAGUGAAGGCCAGCACGGAUUACAAAAGCACCGCCAGGGCGAGGACGGCCUUUCUAAAAGGUGACUUGGAAAUGUCUAGGCGUGAGCAUGCAAAGCCGCUUCCCCACGAAGAAUUUCACAGCUCUACUGCCUCCGAUUACAUCAAGUCCGUUGUAUUUGGCGGUCUUGACGGUAUCAUGACGACAUUUGCCAUUGUUGCGGCGGCAGUUGGCAGCAACAACAGUUACGUGACAAUCCUUAUCUUUGGCUUUUCAAACGUUAUUGCAGAUGGAUUUUCAAUGGGGUUCGGGGAGUACGUUUCCGGGGAGGCGGAGCGAGAGAAUGCGCUGGCUGAGCGUCGCCGAGAGGAAUGGGAAGUGGAGAAUGCAUUUGACUUGGAGGUAGACGAAAUGGUUCAAAUAUACGAGGCGAAGGGACUCUCACAUGAGGACGCCACAACAAUUGUGAACAUCAUUUCCAAGGAUCCAAAGCUCUUUGUGGACUUCAUGAUGACGGAAGAACUCGGGCUUCUUCUCGACCUCAGCGAUGUGCACGGCCCGAAGAAACAAGGUGCCGUAAUGUUUAUUUCUUUUAUUAUAUUUGGAUUUCUCCCGUUGCUGGCGUAUGUUCCUGGGAAAGGUAGGGGCGUGGAUGUUGUCUUUGUCUUCUCGUGUCUUUUGGCGACAGUUUCACUUUUGGUUCUGGGGUCCUUGAAAGGGUAUUUAACUGGCAUUGGCAUGAUUCGUUCUGCCACUCUGAUGGUUUUCAACGGUGUCAUCAGUGGCCUUGUGAGCUAUUCGGUCGGGAUGGCCAUGGAGUCCCUCCUCCGUGCAAGGAUUGGCGAUGGCCCGUAG